AUGGGAGACUUACCUUCAGAACGAGUGAAUCCAACUUUUCCGUUUAAUGUUUCGGGAGUGGAUUUUUGUGGCCCUUUCAUGAUAAAGGUAAAAAAUCAGAGAAAGAGUUCGUUGAGCAAAGUUUAUGUAGCUAUAUUUGUGUGUUUUGUCACCAGAGCUGUCCACUUUGAAGUGGUCUCUGACUUGACAUCUGAGUCCAUUUAUUUCCACCCUAAAAAGGUUUUCAGUAGGCGGGGAAAAUGUGCUAAACUCUUCUCAGAUAAUGCAGGUAAUUUCGUUGGAGCGAACGCAGAAAUAAAAAAGUUGCAUAAUCUAGUAAAAAAACCAGAUGAGAAUUUAGCGGGUUAUUUAGCUUCCGAGGGAAUUGACUGGAAGUUCCUUCCGCCCAGAGCCCCCAACUUUGGUGGUCUCUGGGAGGCAGGAGUAAAAUCAUUCAAGUACCAUCUAAAACGGGUCAUGAGAGAUCUUAAAGUUACAUAUGAAGAGUUUGAGACUAUAGUAGUUCAAAUCGAAGGUAUCUUAAAUUCACGUCCGCUCACCCCGUUAGCUUCAGAUGGCGAUGAAUUAGAUGCACUUACCCCGGGUAAUUUUUUAAUUGGAAGACCAAUAAGCGCCAUUGUUGAGCCAGAUCUUUUAGAUGUAAACGACAACAGGCUUAGUAGAUGGCAGAGAGUUACAAAGGUAACACAAUACGUGUGGAAAAGGUGGAAAAAUGACUACCUCAAUGCACUUCAGCAGAGGUGCAAGUGGAUGUUUGAUAAACCAAACAUCAAACUAGGAGCUGUUGUACUAAUCAAAGAGGACAAUUUACCUGUCUGUAAAUGGUUAUUAGGUAAAAUUGAAAAAGUAUAUCCUGGUGCUGAUGGCAAAAUUAGAGUAGUAGAAGUGUAUACUUCAAGCGGAGUAUACAAAAGAUCCAUUUCCAAAAUAUGUAUUUUGCCAGAAAAUGUUUCUUAA